GCCUGGGCUGACAGAGAAAAGGCUGCUUGACUGCAGUGAUUCAGUCUUAUCGUCUAAAGUAACAUCCUUGUUUGCUAUACGAUGAACCUGCUCUUGAGUUUAGCCUGUCUGCUCCUGGAGCUAACUGCGGUCGACAGCCGAGCGCUUAUGCAGAGCCGCAUCAUCGGCGGCCACGUCGCUGCGCCAAACUCCAUCAAAUACAUGGUGUCUCUUCAGAGAACAAGCCGCCAACACUUUUGUGGGGGAUCGCUAGUUCACAGGUACUGGGUUCUGACUGCAGCGCACUGUAACAUCGGGGCAGAUCAGAUGAUGAUAGUGGCAGGUGACUACAACGUAAAUAUCUUCGAGGGUACUGAGCAGUAUGCUAAACCCCACAAGCUGGUCAUUCAUCCCUCAUACAACAGCAGCACCAACAACGCCGAUAUCAUGCUCAUCAAGUUGCGUGCCCCUAUGGUCCUGAACAAGUUUGUGUCGCUGGCGCCUCUCCCCAGACAGGGGACAGGCGUGGUCGAAGGCCACCUGUGUCAGGUGUCUGGAUGGGGCCACGUUAGGGUGGGUGGAGGACAGGUCCCUGUUAAGCUCAGGACGGUCACAGUGCCCAUUGUUUCAGCCGCGAGAUGCAACGCCAGCGACUCCUUCAACGGCAACAUCACGGCGAACAUGAUCUGCGCCGGCCACCCGUCCGGAGGAAAGGACGCAUGCAAGGGAGACUCGGGCGGGCCGCUGGUGUGCAGGGGCCGGGUGUACGGCAUGGUUUCAUGGGGCAAUGGCUGCGGCGACGCUCAGUUUCCAGGUGUGUACACGGCUGUGUCCAGGUUCCGCCGCUGGAUAGAUCAAACCAUCUACGGGCCACACCUGCGCUGUUUCGGAUACAGAUGAAGCUCCGAGUGUCAUUUUGUCGUUGUGUCAGUGUAAAAAGAAAUGCAUCCUCUGCUCUUAAACAUUAAAGCUUUAGUGAGUGUCUA